CUGACAGGUGGCCGCUCCCCUUGCCGCGCCGUCCCCGCUGGCUGCAAGGACGAGACGGGGGGUCGGCCCUGGCCGUCCCGAAGCAGGGAGAGGGACCAGAAGAGGAAGGAGGAGGAGGAGGAGGAGGAGAAGGGGCGGGCAGCCCGCCCCAGUCCUGAAUAAUGUUUGUGAAGCAACAUCUUGUGAAAUUAGCAGGGCUCCUGUUGACAUCGUUGGUUGCUUGGUACUUGGGAUGCUUAUUUGCUGUUCUUAUACCCAAAGAGACAACAACAGUACCGAUUGCAAAUCUUGAAGACAUCGUCAAGAAACCAGUGUUGAAGGCCCCAGUCCCAAAAAGGCAGAAGUGUGAUCACUGGUCUCCCUGCUCACCUGGGAACUAUGCCUAUCGGAUUCUUAGUGGCGGUGGCACUGGAAGACUGGCUAAAAUUUGUUUUGAGGAUGAUCUGCUUAUAAGCGAAGAGAAGGGUAAUGUUGGAAGAGGUAUAAACAUAGCCAUUGUGAAUUAUAAAACAGGAAAAGUUACAUCAGCGCAAUUUUUUGACAUGUGGAAAGGAGACCACUCAGACGAGAUGGUGACUUUCAUUAAAAACGCACCAGAAGGGUCCCUCCUUUUGAUGGUGACUCAUGAUGAUGGAAGCACCCGGUUGAAAGAUGGUGCCAAAAAAUUAGUAGAAGAGCUGGGAAGUAAAGAAAUACAGAACAUGAAGUUCAGGUCAAGCUGGGCUUUUAUAGCUGCCAAAGGCUUCAAACUCCCAGACGAUAUCCAAAAAGAAAAGAUAAACCACUCUGACAAGAACAACAGAUAUGGUGGCUGGCCAGCUGAAAUCCAAAUAGAAGGCUGUAUACCAAGAAACCUGAUCUGAAAAAAUGCAUACCUCAUUAAUAAAGACGAUUCUAUAUUUUUAUAUCAAUCACUGUAGUAAAUUGCCUCCAAAACCCAAUAAGCAUCUGAACACUAGUUGUAAAAUAAGUCACUGACACAGUUUUUAACCUGUCUUUCCUCUGUGAGGCUUUACUCCUAUCCAAAACCAAAUAGGUAUUUUGAUGACAAGUGGAAAUAAAAUACUUUGUUUUAGAAUUACCAUGUUCAGGAAGUCAGUCAUAAAAUACCAUGAUUUUUGAAAGUGAGUAUACUUUGUCAUUAGUAAUUUUAGGGGGUUGGUUUUUUCGUUUGUUUGUUUUUAAUGUAAUAAGGCUUUUCUUUUGGUUCUCUUUAAAGACUAAUAUGCAAAUAGAACUUAGUCUAAAUUGUAAUAUAA